AUGCAACUUUUCCUAAGGUGUCAGCUCCACUCAGCCAGCCAGCCCCAGAACUCUCGGAUCUUCUCCGUGGAAGACGGGGAGGGGGCAGUUCCUGGGCGAAGGCUUCCUUUCAUCCUCUCACAGCUUCACCAUCCUCAUUCCCAUCCGCCUCCAUCCAGCCGCCAGAACCGCCGCGGGCAUCUAAUCAUCGCCCUUUCCACCCGCAUUCAAGGAGCAGACGCGACCCACGCGAACGACGCGGCCCCCCAAGAGCGCCCCAGGCCGGGGCGGAGCUCGAGAUGCUGUCGCCUCGGGCGGGGGAGACCCCCACAGGGGGCGGGGCCAGGCCCUAGCGGCCGGAAGUGCCGAUGCCGCGAGGCCCGCCGGGAAAGCACCGCGAGAGGAGACCCUGAGCGCGGAGGCGGAGGCGGAGGCGGAGGCGGGAGCGCCGGGGCGGAGCCGCCGCUCAGCCUCCGGCCCGGCCCAGCCCCGGUGCGGCUGCGGCGGAUGGCGGCGGCGGCGGCGGCGGCGGCGGCGGGGCGCGCGCCUCGGCAGGUGCGGAUGGCCCCUCCGCGGGCCCGGGCGGCGCUCGAGGUGGCGCUGCGGGUGCCCUGCCUCUACGCGCUCGACGCCAUCUUCAACUCGUACUACGACGCCGGCCAGAGCCGCCUGUGCGUCGGCCUGCAGGUGCUCGUGCGGCUCCUCGGUAUAUUUGUAUCCAGCAUAGUCCUAAUCUUGUCACAGCGAUCACUUUUCAGAUUUUACAUGUACAGCUCGGCUUUUCUGUUAGCUGCAACUUCAGUGUUGAUAAAUUAUUAUGCUGCUUUGCACAUUGACUUCCACGGUGCCCAUAACACGUCAGCUUUUGGAAUCGAGCUGCUUCCUCGAAAAGGGCCCUCACUGUGGAUGGCGCUCCUAGUCCUCCAGCUAACAUUUGGCAUCGGAUACAUCACCCUGCUCCAGAUUCAUUCCGUCUACUCACAAUUAAUUAUUUUGGAUCUCUUGGUUCCCAUAAUAGGCUUAAUCACGGAGCUACCGCUACACAUCCGAGAGACGUUAGUUUUCCUUUCUUCCCUGAUUCUUACGAUAAAUACAAUACUUGUCUUGGCAGUGAAACUUAAGUGGUUUUAUUAUUCCACGCGAUACGUUUACCUUUUAGUGAGGCACAUGUACCGAAUCUACGGAUUACAGCUAUUAAUGGAGGACACCUGGAAGAGAAUUCGUUUCCCAGAUGUACUUCGAGUCUUUUGGCUGACGAGAGUUACAGCCCAAGCUACAGUGUUAAUGUACAUUUUAAGGGUGGCGAAUGAGACGGAUUCCUUCCUUAUUUCUUGGGAUGACAUCUGGGACCUCAUCUGCAACCUCAUAAUUAGUGGAUGUGAUUCUACGCUAACUGUCCUGGGGAUGAGUGCUGUCAUCUCCUCAGUAGCCCAUUAUUUGGGCCUUGGUAUUCUGGCCUUCAUUGGAUCAACGGAAGAUGACGACAGGCGGCUUGGCUUUGUAGCACCGGUUUUAUUUUUUAUUCUGGCUCUUCAGACAGGUUUAAGCGGGCUGAGACCAGAAGAGAGACUUAUUCGCCUCAGUAGAAACAUGUGCCUUCUAUUAACUGCAGUCCUGCAUUUCAUCCAUGGGAUGACUGACCCUGUAUUAAUGUCUCUUAGUGCCUCCCACGUGUCCUCUUUUCGUAGACAUUUCCCUGUGCUCUUUGUCUCUGCUUGCCUGUUUAUUCUUCCCGUUCUACUUAGUUAUGUUCUUUGGCAUCACUAUGCACUAAAUACAUGGUUGUUUGCAGUUACAGCCUUCUGUGUGGAACUCUGCUUAAAAGUGAUCGUUUCCCUUACUGUUUAUACGUUAUUCAUGAUCGAUGGCUACUAUAAUGUCCUCUGGGAGAAGCUUGAUGAUUAUGUCUACUAUGUUCGUUCAACAGGCAAUAUCAUAGAAUUUAUAUUUGGAGUAGUCAUGUUUGGAAACGGGGCUUAUACCAUGAUGUUUGAGUCAGGAAGUAAGAUCCGAGCUUGUAUGAUGUGUCUGCACGCGUACUUUAACAUCUACUUGCAAGUGAAAAAUGGCUGGAAGACGUUCAUGAAUCGUAGGACUGCUGUCAAAAAAAUUAACUCACUUCCUGAAAUCAAAGGGAGCCGCUUACAAGAAAUCGAUGAUGUCUGUGCAAUCUGCUAUCAUGAGUUUACAACGUCAGCUCGCAUCACACCAUGUAAUCAUUAUUUCCAUGCACUAUGCCUUCGGAAAUGGCUGUACAUUCAAGAUACGUGUCCAAUGUGCCAUCAGAAAGUGUACAUUGAAGACGAUGUCAAGGACAACUCAAACGUCUCGAACAACAAUGAGUUUGUCGCCCCCAAUGAAAACCCGGAGGAAGUGCUGAGGGAAGCUGCCGCUGCCGAAUCUGAUAGGGAACUGAACGAAGAUGACAGUACGGAUUGUGAGGAGGAUGCUCAGAGAGGAAAUGGUGGAGUGGUGCAGCAGACAGGCCCGGCAGCUGAAGAACUGAGGAAUGAUGAUACUGACUGAUUAAAGUCGCAUUUACUGAUCAAUGAGGUAUUUGUUUAAAAUUCAGUUCAUCCGACAUGAAGUAAUAAGCUUCACUGCAGUGUGUAAACAAGCACAAAAACAGUAUCAUUGUUGAAUCUGUGAAUGGUUUUCCGUUUACUGUGAUGUGCUACUGUAAAUAUACCUCUUUAAUUA